AUGUUUUCUGAAGAUCUUCACUGUGAGGAGAGUGAAUACCAAAGCUCCGAGGACGCCUUGUCUAAUGAAUCUCUCACGUACAAGGAGGAUACUGGAAAAAAGGAGGACAGCAACAAGAAGAGGCACUUAGGUGGUCGCUGUGGAAACAACCCGGGUAGAGUGAAGCGUGUCGUAUCCUGCAAGAGGAAGACUCGACACUCGACGUUGAGCUCCGGAGGACGCAGGAGACCCUCUGUGACGGGGAGGACUUUUGACACAGUCAGCACGGAGAGUGAACGGAAGGAAGAGGAGGACAUGAUCUUUGGAGAUUCCUGGCAAUUUCCGCUGACACAAUCUCACACUCAGAACUGCCAGAUGGAAACAUCAGACAUCAGAUACCAUGACUACUUCUCCAAGAUAUCAAAGGAUCACAGUAUAAUGACCCAAGUUUUGUUUGGGAGGAAUUUAAAGCUCAGUAUAGCGCUAACACUGUGGCAAAGAAACGUUGGGGAAUUGCUAACGUAUCUUGCAAGACUCCAGGACACCAGCAUUACUGUUCAUUGUUUACCUUUUAUAACGGAGAGUCUUCAGAAUAAGAGCAGGCGUGUUUCAGUGGGCUUUUGUGUUGACCUUUUCCCUUUAGUGAAAAGCGUUCUUCAAAGUCAGUAUGAAGAUUAUAUAAUUACAGGAUUAAAUUGGAUACAGUCUGUUCUGAGACUAUGGUGGCCACAGCUCACAGGAAAUGGAGAGAGUGUGUCUGACAUAACUUCAUCUGAUAAGAGAAAUAUUCAUGUGAUUAAGCAGCAGCUACAAGAACUCUGGGAAGAAGAAUCUCGUCUGUGUUCAUCGUCUGGGCGUAUUGGUGAAAUGUGGAAGGUAAAAGAGGGACCAAAGACAUUAUAA